UCACCCCCCCAAUUUGCCAUUGAAUCCCACCAAUACGGAUACCCUACCCUACCAUCGCACCAGGCAGCAAUGGCUGCCAAAGAGAAGCAGAGAGACCCAUCGGCGGCCGCCACCAAUCCGGCCGCUUCGUUACUCGACACCUCCUCCUCUUCUUCCUCCUCCUCCUCCUCCGCCUACUUCUUUUCUUCCUCUUCGCCAGAUUCCACGCCCACCCAACUCACUGAAGUCUACAUGUUCUCCCUUCCCGAUAGCGUCGAUUCAUUAUCGGAACACGUUGAGGCGGAGAAUGCGGCAGCCCUCCCCCCGCCGGAUCAUCAAUGCCGCAUCUCCUUCGAGAAGGUGACCCAAAAUCCCCCGGACGAGUUGAAGACUGUCGAUUUAGGGGUUAAAUGCCGCGGAUCGAGGAGAGCUAGGGUUUCGGAUGACGAGACUGGGACGGAGGCCGCCUCGAAGAGAGCUAGGGUUCCAGGCGAGGACAUUAAUGGAGAAGAUGAAAACGCCGCUGUCGAACCUAAGCAAGGUUAUAAAACUAACGUAGUUGCAUCGGGUAGCGAGGAUUCUGCCGAGAAUGACGUUUCCGCCAUGAAUGUUGCUCCGGACGAUUCACCUGGCCGGAUUAAGACUCCGGCGAAGUAUACGCUGCCAAAGGUUAAUGCUAAUGAUGAAGCUCAUAGAGCAGAAAAAAAUUCGGGAAGUAGUUGCUUAGGGGAGACUUCGAUUGCAGGUAAAAUUGGCAAUGGAGAUGCUAAGCACAAGUGUUUUGUAGUCGGAAAUGGCACGGCUCAUGUUAAGACUUCGGUGAAAUAUACACUGCCAAAGGUUGAUGCCAUUGAUGAAGCUCUUAGAGCAGAAAACAAUCCCGAAGGUAGUUGCUUAGGUGAGAAAUCGCUUUCUGGUAAAAUUGGCAAUGAAGAUGCUAAGCACAAGUGUUUUGUAGCCGGAAAUGGCACAGCUCUUGUUAAGACUUUGGUGAAAUAUACACUGCCAAAGGUCGACGCCAUUGAUGAAGCUAGCGGAGCAGAAAAAAAUUCCGAAAGUAGUUGCUUAGGUGAGGCUUCAGUUGCAGGUAAAAUUGGCAAUGGAGAUGCUAAGCACAAGUCUUGUGUAGUCGAAAAUGGAUCUGAUCGUGAAAAAAUGGAGGGGGAGAAUGGAGUCAAGAAACUUGUCCAGGCCCGGAAGAUGGGGUCUAGGGAAGGUAAGGAAAUAAAAUCAAAUGGAGCUACGAUAGGGUGCGAUGGAGGUGACAAUGGGAACGAUGAUGGUUUGGGUAAAAGGAGUGGUUCAAUGGCGUUUCUGGAUAUGAUGAAGCUGAUCGGGCGAAGUCUUGACAAAUCAGCCGACAAUGAUGAUGAUGAUGAUGAUUUGAAUAGUGAGGACAUUCUUGAAGUAGCUAAAAAGCAGGGCAUUACAUUUCCUCGGCCACGAUGGUGGGCUCCCAAAGAUUGAGGAGAACCAUAUCUCUUCUUUUGAAGGUGGAAUUGAGGAUCUGCUAUUGUGUGGAGUUAGAAGGCUUGGUGGGAUGGAUCACUUUCGUCGUCUGCUGCCAAUGAGCUGCUCCUAUUGUAAGCAAUGGCUUUUACAUGCUUUUAUGCAUUUUAAUUUUUAAGUUGGCCUUAGCUUUCAUUUUGUAUUUUUAAAACUUUUGAGGAUCAUGAAUAAGGAAUUCCUUGACUGCUUGUUCGAUCCCUAAUUUGUAAUAAAAAAAAAAUGCACCGGUAUUCUUGUUGCCCUGUUCGAGUUGGAGCUGACAUUGUCAAGUUUGAAUCUAAUUUUGGCAUAUCCUAUUUUCCAUGAGAUUAUAUAUAUAUAUAUAUAUAGUUGAUAAUGAUAUUCGAUAAUUAUAGUUCAUGGUAUAUUAUACUACUCCUGUCCGAAUGUAAUUUAAUCAUUUUCUUUUUAUACAGAGUUUAAGGAAUAAUAGUAUUUCAUAUAUAAAAGUAGCUGUGUUGAGUGGAAGACAAUGAUGCCCUUACGACUUAUGCUUGUUAGAAAAUUUGUUAUGUAUUGUUGUAAAAAUAUGUUAAACCGUAAGGAUUUUAUUUAUAAGACAAUAAAAAAGAAAUGGAUAUAUUUGUGACAAACAACCAAUAAGUUAAGACGGAUAUUUUUUCUCUUGGACGGUGGGAGUAAUUCAUUAUAUUCGGGAGGGUGUGCUUGGAGAUAUAGCUCGAUUAGAUGCAUUCUUGCAAAUAAAGUAUGUUGUCCUUGGUUGAUUUUCGUGAUUUCUAUGUGGCGAUUGAUGAAUGCCUCUUAAGUUAUGUCUUCGAGAUAAAAUCCUCAGUUGUUUAUGCUUUGAUACACACUUUGGAAGUGUUACAAAAGCUCAAGUUUCUAGUAU